GGCUGGUAAUCACUGAAAGCUCCAGGAAAUCCAGUCUCGGUUUCUCCUCCAGUUUAGCGACACGCUUUGGAAAGCUCUUUGUUAUGGGGAAAAUUCUCCUCUUUGCUCUACUGACUGGCGGUGUGGUACAAAAUUUAAUCGUGGCCACCAGCGAUUGCGUUGAAGGAUGCAGCGUCCUCCGCCUCCACGGGCUGUCUCGCUACCUCCUCCAUGGCUUAGCCCCUUUGUACUUCUGGCCUUCGGAGGAACUCGAUCUGUGGCUGGAAGUGCCGGCAUUUAGUGGCUUUUCCCUGAUUCGAGGUCCUACGAAGAUAUACAAGUGGCAUGAGAUCACUUUUACCAGUGGAGAUAAACCGGGAGAAAGCUGUGUCACAGCACCUACCAUUUUACCAAACAAAGUGUGCGGUUCUCAGGACUACGUGUAUCUGCAUGCAAACCGGCCGGGGUUCUGGGCUGUAAACUGUCCCGCAACUCCCUGUGAAUGUCCUGACAAGACCAUCGAAAAAUGCAGAAAUACUUCGUCAGUGUCAGGAACAUCAUGCGGAAAUCAUGAACUAUAUGCACUCAGAAUCCCUCUUGAUAGAGCCUCCACAUGGUACUGGUGGCCCGGAAACACAGACGAGAUAAGACUGGACUUCCCUCGAGACUUGGGUGAAGUGUCUCUGAGUAUCAAUCAGGCCAAGAAGGGACAGUGGCACGAUUUCACGGUUGUAGAGAGCGGAGGGAGCGCGAAAAAUACAACCUGCACGAUUAGCAGUCGUAGUUGGGCCCUGGUUCUACACUGCACAAAGAAGAUUAACAGAGACAGUGACCUGCACAUAAAGACUUUCAGCGCAGGGGAGUCGAGAACUAGCUUCUGGGCGCCCAAGUGUUCACCAAAGGCCCCGACUGUGGAGAUUACGGAAACUUCAAAAUCGAUGGUGGAAUUACCUGCUGAAACCGCACAUCUCCUGCUGGCGAGUCUUGGACUUCUCGGCGCCUGCCUCAGCCUGGGAAUCGUGAGCGUGUACAUCCUGGCCAUGUGGUCUAAAGAGAAGAUGUUUUAAGACCGGCGUAGGCUGCGUGGAGGAGCGAGCAAUGUGCACACCAUGAUCAAAGACUGUCCACUGAGAGUCGCAGUAAAUAUGUACUAAGUAUCCACUGAAACCCUCUGUUUCGGAUACUGUUUGGCUACUGACACUGGCACAUUAUUAUGUACUGUUUUUUCUUCAAACUAUAACUAUUGCAUUUUGGUUGUAUAUUUUGUAUGAUAAGGCUUGCACCUUAGAAGUACUGAUUGUACAUUGUGUUUGCUAUUAGAAACUCUCAAUGGAGCUAGUGUGGAUGUUCUGCCUAUUACAUUUUGAAUGCACUGCAUAGAUACUGAAACUGUUAUAUUUCGAAUAUACCGUAUUUUCAGUGAAACUAUUACAUUUUGGAUAUAUUAAAUUGUCUGUCUGACUAUUUGUCAGUUUGUCUGUCUUUGUUUGUCUGUGUCUCUACCUGUGUUUCUCUCUAUCUCCCCCCCCCCCUCUCUCUCUCUCUCUCUCUC